GGUGGGGACACUCUGGCCCGGCUCUCGGUGGUGCGGGAGCAGCGGCCGCUCUGGUCGGCGGACGUGCUGCUGAGCAGUCCCGGAAGCGGAGCAGCGAUGGCGGAGAGUCCGACUGAGGAGGCGGCGACGGCGACGGCGGGGGCCGGGGCGGCAGGCCCAGGGGCGAGCGGUGUUGCCGGUGUGGUCGGCGUUAGCGGGAGCGGCGGCGGCUUCGGGCCGCCUUUCCUGCCGGAUGCUCACCGAAGUGAUAAUAACUGUCCUGCUCCAGGGUUUUUCCCUUUUCUCUCCUCACUCUUCCUCCUUCUCUUGAUGUUAUACAGGGAUAUCAUGUCCAUUUAUAAGGAGCCUCCUCCAGGAAUGUUCGUUGUACCUGAUACUGUUGAUAUGACUAAGAUUCAUGCAUUGAUCACAGGCCCAUUUGACACUCCUUAUGAAGGGGGUUUCUUCCUGUUCGUCUUUCGGUGUCCACCCGACUACCCCAUCCACCCACCUCGGGUCAAACUGAUGACAACGGGCAAUAACACAGUGAGGUUUAACCCCAACUUCUACCGCAAUGGGAAAGUCUGCUUGAGUAUUCUAGGUACAUGGACUGGCCCUGCCUGGAGCCCAGCCCAGAGCAUCUCUUCUGUGCUUAUCUCCAUCCAGUCCCUGAUGACUGAAAAUCCCUACCACAACGAGCCAGGCUUUGAACAGGAAAGACAUCCAGGAGACAGCAAAAACUAUAAUGAAUGUAUCCGGCAUGAGACCAUCAGAGUUGCAGUCUGUGACAUGAUGGAGGGAAAGUGCCCCUGCCCUGAGCCCUUACGGGGAGUGAUGGAGAAAUCCUUCCUCGAGUAUUAUGACUUCUAUGAGGUGGCCUGCAAAGAUCGCCUGCAUCUUCAAGGCCAGACUAUGCAGGACCCUUUUGGAGAGAAGCGGGGCCACUUUGACUACCAGUCCCUCUUGAUGCGUCUGGGACUGAUUCGGCAGAAAGUGCUGGAGAGGCUCCAUAAUGAGAAUGCUGAAAUGGACUCUGAUAGCAGCUCAUCUGGGACAGAGACAGACCUUCAUGGGAGCCUGAGGGUCUAGACCCUGCUCCCUGCCCCUCCCCCAACUCGAAAGCCCGGCAGAGCCCCUCCCCUCACCCCAGGGACGGAGAGGCACUGUGCAUCUCCCUUCAAAAGUGUCGGCAUCCCACAAGAUGGCAAGAAGCAAGCAAACUCAAUCCCAGGGUGUGGGAGUGGGGCUGUUCCCAAUCUGACCUCCUUGGUGCUGGAGCACCUGGGGCUAUAGUCAAUCCUGGAUCAGGGCCAGGACACUUUUGCAAGAGUACCUGGAGUGGUGGCCUCUGGCAAAGCUAAACAACCAACACACCUCUCUGCAGGGCCAGCUAAUUAGGGAUAGGAGAAGACAGAAAAUGAGAACCAAGAGGGAGCAUGCCCAAGUGGUUUAUAGGGAUAUCUGGGAGUUUGGGUGGGGUGCUGUCUGUGACACUUAAGCAGUCUGGUUGGUUAUCUGUUUGUCUUCAGUCUUGAAGCAGGGCUUCCCAACUCCCUUUUCCUCCCUUACCCCAUUAUUUCCCAUGGUCCAGCAUAACUUUGUUUUUUCUAAUUUAUAGUCACUGUUCUAGACAGACCAAAGAGAAGAACAGUGGUGGGGUCUGGGCUGCUGAUCAGUAAGCUUUACCUAGCACCUGAGCACCUUUCUCCCUCGCACCAUUUCCUCAGCAUUUUAGGUUACAGGUGGGGGGUAAGUCCCAUUGGGACGGAGCCCAGGUCGCUGUGAAGCCUGCACAGGUGUCAGAGGAAGCUGCUUACUGUGUUCCCACAAUCACUGAUUUGAAAGGUUCCCAGCACAGGCAGCUGCAGCAUAUAUGGGAUUUGAGCCACUACAUAAAAUAGUCUCUUACGGAUUUUCCUGAAUACUAGUCAAGGAGGGUGGUUUUCUUGGGUAGAGCACGGGGAGACUGAUACUAGUCCCUAUUUUGUUCAGCUGUUUUGUAUUUUCAUUUUCAUCCCAGUCUGUAGUUCUGUCCUCCCUUCAGCCCUCCCUCCCUCCCUCCCUCCCCAUCCCCUGGGGCUUUGUGAGCAUGGAGAGCCAAUGGCAAGGGGGUUGCAGUGGGGACUCUGGAGACUCCUCCCUUUACCUCUCCCCUUGGUCACUGGCUCUGCUCCUUGUUUGAAUUUAGCUACAGUGAUCCUUCAGCUGGUUGAGUCAGAAAAACAUGUUUUCAGUGGAGUGGGAUCAGAGGAAUCCAUCCUUCCCAGUUUGAUACAGUUUAUACUUUUCAGGUUUGCUGUUCUGACUCCUAGUAGGUAGUUGGUGAUCCAUGUGGUGCAGGCCUCCUGCACUGUCCAGCCCUGAGGAAUGCAGAGAACUACCUGCCCUGCCCGCUGCUAUAAAGGUCUCUGCCUUGUGGAUCAUGGGACUCCCUAGAAGAUACAGGGAGAAGAUAGCGCACAAAGAGGGACCUCUUGGGAGGGCAGAAAGAAAACUGGACAGGGACAGUUCACUUGGGGAGCAGAAGUUUGUUUAGGCUACCUGGAGGCUGGGUCAGAGGUGGAGACUUGAAAAGGGACCCUGCUUCCAAUUUCCCUCUUCCAUUCCCAGAGCUAGUCCAGGGCCAAGAAGAAUGACUUUGGUCUGUGGGUCCAGUGUUGUCUGUCAUCCAUUUAAGCGUUCCCACUUUCAAGUGACAAUCUUCUCCUUGGCCCUGCCAUGGGGCAGAGCAUGUCUGGCAUAGCAGCCUGACUUUUAUGCCCUAAUCUUAAGUUGAGGAAAUAUAUGCACAGGAGUCAAAGAAAUGUCUUUAUAUCUGACUGUACAUAAAUGAAGUUUUCUUUUCCUUUUUGGUGCAAUAAAGUUUGUUUUGGCAGAAUGA